CGCUCGCCGGCUAGUGCGCAGAGUGCUGCGGGCGUGACAGGAUUGUGCGAUCGGCGCUCUGGGUUCAGCCGGCAGUCCAGCGUUGUGUGUGUGAUCCUGUGCGUGUUCUCUCUGUUUGUGUACGUCGCUGCCGUGUUCUGCCGGGCUGCCUGCGAGGAACCGGCUAGGCAGAGCGCCCGAUAGAACCUCAUACCACCAUAGGGAGGACGCUGUUGACAUACGAGUGAACUCAUCAGCCCACAAUGGCAGACACCAGUCAAUCCGAGCAAACCCCUCCGACUGAACCUCAGACGAAUGGUGUUUCUGACGGUAUAGAUGACGAUGAAAGAAACAAAAUGCGUCCAGCUGAUAUUGAUGCGGAUAUGAAGGAAAUGGAAAGGAGGAAACGAGUCGAGAUGAUAAUGAAUAGUCGUCUUUUCCGUGAGGAGCUGGAACGAAUUAUUGAAACCCAGCUGAAGGAUGGAAAUGGCCCAGCAGGUUUGUUGCAACAGCUAUCGGACAUGAUGGGGUUGCAGGGUGGCCGUUUACAACCUGCAAGUGUAUUCAGAGGAUCUAACUGUGUCAUUCCUAUAAAUGAUAUUCGUGGUGUUGAAAGCAUGGGCUAUGCAAAGGGAGAAAAGAUCCUUAGAUGCAAGUUAGCAGCAGUCUAUAGAUUAAUGGAUCUUUGUGGCUGGACCCAAGGAAUCUACAACAGUAUCACUGCGAGAUUGAACCAAGACCAAGAACAUUUUCUCAUAAAUCCGUUUGGAAUGUUAUACCAUGAAAUAACUGCCUCAAGUUUAGUGAAAAUUGACAUGCAGGGCUCAAUAGUUGAGCCUGGAACUACAAAUUUUGUUGUGAAUGUUCCUGGUUUCAUGUUGCAUUCUGCCAUUCAUGCUGCCCGUCCAGAUAUUAAGUGCAUUAUUCAUGUUCAUACUCCUGCAGUGUUGGCUGUGUCUUCAUUAAAAUGUGGCCUACAGCCUUUGUGCCAAGAAGCUAUUGUAAUUGGUGAAGUUAGCAAUCAUCCAUAUCUCGGUGCAGUCUUCGAGCCAGAAGAACGAGAAAAAAUUGCCAGAAAUUUGGGACCAGUAAACAAGGUUAUGUUUCUAUCAAACCAUGGUGCUGUCUGUUGUGGAGAAACAGUAGAAGAAGCAUUUUAUAAUGUUUACAAUACAGUUCUGGCUUGUGAGACACAGGUGAAGGUAAUGCCUGCUGGUCUGGAAAAUCUUGUUCUGAUAUCAGAUGAAGUCAGGAAGCAGGUUUAUGAGGCUGUACGACGGCCACCUGAUGCUAUUCAAAGGCAGGAUACAAGUUCUGACUUGCCACCUUCGGGCCUUAAAAAGGAGAAAAAAUGGAGACUAGGAGGCACAGAAUUUGAAGCCCUAAUGAGAAUGCUGGACAAUGCGGGCUUCCGGACGGGUUACAUUUAUAGACAUCCACUGGUCAAAGGUGACCCUCCCCGACCUCGCAAUGAUGUUGAAGUUCCUCCAGCAGUGUCUUCCUUGGGAUAUAUUCUUGAAGAGGAGGAGAUGUACAAACAAGGGCAGUGGAAGAAGUACAUCGAUGGUAAAAAAACACAUGACCGCACACGGUGGCUGAAUUCUCCAAAUGUAUAUCAGAAGGUGGAAAUAUUGGAAACGGGAACACCUGAUCCAAAGAAAAUAACGAAGUGGGUGGAUGCAAAUGCAGAAGAGUGGGUGGCAGAGGGUUCACCAACACACAGUAGUACACCAGUGAAGAUAGAGAGUGCUCUUCAGUUUGUGCCGAAGAAUACAGAUCCAAAGGAAUUCAAGAAACUACAACAGCAGAUAAAGGAUAACAGGCGAGCAGAUAAAAUUACUUCAGGCCCACAGUCUCACAUUCUCGAAGGAGUCUCAUGGGAAGAAGCGAAGAAAUUGCAGGAUGCUAAUAUCUCUGCUACUGGUGACCAAGUCAUUUUGGUAGGAGCUGCUUCAAAAGGAAUAAUACAAAGAGGCUUCCAGCAUAAUGCUUUAGUGUAUAAAACUCCAUAUGCUAAGAACCCAUUUGACACAGUAACGGAUGAAGAACUUGAGGAAUACAAGAAAGUUGUAGAAAGGAAACAAAGGGGUGAAUCGUUUGAUGAAGACCAAACUGAAUCGGAGCCACUUUCCUCUUCACUGCAAAACAGUCGGCCUACAAAUGAAGAUAGUAUGCCGGCCACUAAGUCUCCACUUAUGUCUCCAACUUCUGCUGCUAGUGAAACGGAAGAAGAAAGCAGAGAUGAACCGAGAGUUUUGCGGAUAGAGACAAAGCAGGUUCCUCGGCCAAGUCAAGCUGAAGUUGUUCUGAGUGAUGCCGAAAGUGAUCUCCCAGAUCCAAAUGUGGAGCGUUCCUUGUCACUUAGGCUGCCAGCGAAAGUUGCUGACUCAUCUGAAGUUCCGAAUGAAUUUAAGCGCUCUUGGUCAUUGGGACCUAACAAGCAGAAUAUAAAAGGUGAGAACACUGUUAAUGGUGAUGAUCCGGAUGCACCCCACAGUACUUUUUCACAGAGCAGUAAAGAGGGAUCACCAACGAAAGAUAUUUCAACAGAGGAAUCACCGAAAAAGGAUAAGAAGAAGAAGAAAGGUUUGAGGACACCUUCCUUCUUGAAGAAAAAGAAGGAAAAGAAGAAGAUGGCUGAAGCAUAGGUAGUAACUCAGAUAGACACUGCCAAGGUGAAGCCAGCAAAAUAAGUGUACCAUCUCCAAGCGGAUUCAUUACUGCCACGAUACUUUCUAGCAUUUAAUUGUUGACAGUGAACAUCUGUUAAAUGAGCAGAUGUUGCAUGUCCAUAAACUGGUGGUGUAUCAGUGUGCAUGUGUGUAUGCUCCAGAAGUUUCUCUGCCAGGGCUAACUGCUUUCUUCAUGCAGCAUUAUUUGAAAUAAUGGUGAGCAUGCUUUACAAGUUGUUUUAUUUUUGAAAUAUGUAUGUGUACAGAAAGUAAACAUGUAAAACUUGAAUUUUGUCGUGAAGAAAAUAUUGUCUUGUAAAUGAAAUUUACUGCCUCAGAAGCUUUUAAUAUUUUAAACUUUGUUUUGGCACCAUUUAUUCUUGGAAUAUGACUUAUAUAUAGUGGUGCACAAAACAUAGAGGUACAAUACUGUUUUGUAUUAAUCUGAUCGGUAGUGUACUGUGACAGAUGUCUGCACCCCUGUACUGUUUACAUUGUUAAAUUUAUAUUUUGAUGCAAAAAUCUUAAUCAUGUUAGGUCUUUGUAUCAUUGACAGUUAUUUCACAAGCUUUGUGUGAUUCACAACUUGCUGUCAUGUAAAAAGAAGGAAAGAGGACGUAAGGUUGUUGCUACGUACACUAAAUUCGCAAAUGUUUUAUUACUUGACGUCUAGAUGACUAGUGUAAGUAAUAUAUUCAGAUAUUAUCUAUAUAUGAAAACAAAACAAAAAAUGACAAAACUUGUCACUUCUGAAAUGUAAACUGUAAAUCUGAACAAACUCAAUUGUAUGUGAAAAAUGUGAGUGAAUGUGAUAAUUUCCUCCGUAAAAAACUUGCAGGACAUUGACUUUUAGUGGCAAUCUACACUGUGAAGUAGACUUUUAUAGUUUGUCAUUUGUUUAAAAUAUUAUAAUACUGUAUUGUUUUGUUAAGUGAUUUUUCUAGAUUUUAUUGACUUCUUUUGUGUAACUUGACUUUGGAUAUAUCAGCAUGUUUUUAAUUUUUGAUGAUUUAUGUAUUUUACAAUAAAUGGUAUGGAAGCCUUCAGAAAAUCUUGUAAGCUUUGAUAAAAUUGUUUCACUGUAUUUAAGAACUUUGUCUAAAGUGAAUGUGAUUACACUAUGUGAAAGUUCUGCUUGAAAUGCUUGUUGUUGUCAUGUGAUGUUACAGACUUCUCAUACUGUGUUCAGAACAGCACCACAAAAGAGAUACAAAAAUGAAAAAAGUAAAUGAUUAUUUGUAUAUUUUUGUCAUUCUAUGUCACUAUUUCAAUACCAAGAAAUUGUGGGAUAGUUUUCAAAAUCUGCACUUCUGAUGAUCAUCCUAUCCAUUCUUGUACAAAACUAAGCAAAUCAUUGUUUUUCUUAAUCUCUAAAAUAUUGUGAUUGCAAGUUUGAAAUAGGAUGUAUUUUAUUGGAAGUGCUUUUGCAUUUUUGUAUAAAAAUGUCAGUAAAAUAAAUUUAAUCAGUAAUUUACUUUGGGAAUCUUUAUAUGCGACAGAAAGUGAUAAAUGGUGAGUGUUGUGUCAGCAUUAGAAACUGAAUUAAUAUUGUGGUGCUUUAGAGCUGCUGUGUAAAUUUGGCCUUCAUUUCAAGUGGUAAAUUUUGUGAAAGGAAAUCAGGACUUUGAUUGAAGCAAAAGAGAGUUAUAAUCCUUGCAAGUACUUGUGUUGGGAGCCAGCUUAACAGAAUAAAGUAAGUUUCUCCACAAA